AUGUCAGAUGAAAGUCCAUAUAUCCCUCCAUUCAUAUCUGUUACCCAUCACCCGACAAUUCAAUAUACUGUGCUUUCCUUUUCAUCUUCUUCUUCACUAAAAAAUUAUUACGGAUACGGGUAUGAAUCUCCGUACGUGCAACAAAGUGGAUACGGUGCUGAGAAUGCACCUGUUGAUGAACCAUAUUACCCGACGCAGCAAUCGUAUCCGGGUUAUGGGGUAUCCGGGAAUGAAGGUGGAUACGGAAGUUACAGUGGAUACGGUGGUGAAGGUGGAUACGGGGGUGAAAGUGGUUACAGUGGAUAUGGGGGCUACGGUGGAUACGAUAGAUAUGGGGGUGACGGUGGUUACAGUGGAUACGGAGGCUACGGUGGAUACAGUGCAUACGAUAGAUCUGAGGAUGAAGGUGGAUACGGUGGAUACGAAGAACAUGGUGGAUAUGGUUAUGAGCCCCGUAACACAUCACUUUAUGAACCAUCUACCUCGGGCAAUCCAUUUCAAGUAAAUGAGGUAUCACAUUAA